AGAAUCGCUUUUUUAAAGACCAGAACAGACUCAAUAUUUUGAUAAAGAAGUGAGCAGUUUACACAACAAAGGACUGCCCUGGAAUUGGAACCACCAGAAAAUUGUUUAUUGUGUCGCUGCUGUCAUUUAAAAGUUGGUGCUAGAUACACCCGUCAGACAGGAGGUAAAGUACACAGGUGUGGUAGCUCACACGACAAGUUGUGAGUCAGUAGGAAAUUAACUUCGGUUAUUGUAUUUUAUAACAGAAAUAGCGAAAGCUAGGCUCUACCCGGACACACCCUCAUUUCGUUUUCGCACCACCGGAUUAAGGCUCCUAUGACAAUCCAUAUAGGUCACGCACUCGAUUUGACUACGCACCGCGCCCUGGGCUUGUCCACAGAUACAUUGUAGCAAGGAUACCUUUGAUUAACAGGUGUCCCACAUGGAUUAAUCCUCAUGGAAUCGGGAGUCUAGACAUUACAAAAGGAUACAAGAUGACACUGAAGGAGAUGGACAAGCUAUUUCUCUCAGCUAUUUUGCUGAGUUUUAUCAUGGCAGGUGUGUCGGGCAUACCAGACAGCGCUGGGACUGAUUUCAUGGUGAUGUUCACUGAAAACAGAGUUGAUGAUCAACCCUUCCCAUACAAUACACCCAACAUGACAUUAUAUAUAACCCCACUCGACGGAAGCAAGGCCGUAACAUUCAGCGUUUAUUACAUACGUCAAAAUGUUUUGGUAAACGUCACACGGACGAUACCGGCAGGACCGAAUACAGCCGCGUCCGUGUUGCUACCCACAGACUUAGAGGUGAGGACCAGCGGAGUGAUAUCAAACCGCGGGGUCCGUGUGGUGGCUUCCGAAAAGAUUGGUCUUUCUGCUAUCAACAGGGAAGGCUAUUCUGCCGACGGUUUUACAGCAAUUCCCGUUUCAAAACUAGGCAAGCGGCACUAUUCUGUCUCUUACGCCCCACCCCUUGUCUCAACACAGAUGGGUUUGGUCGCUGUGGAGUAUGACACGAACGUGACCAUCACUGUCGCUAGAGAUGCCAAAUUGACUUUUAAUAGCAUCUCAUAUUCGGGCGGGCAGACGUUCAGUUUUACACUGAACGCCUUUCAAACCGUCCUGUUGGAUGAUGAGGUUACCCCGAUUUCUGACUUGUCUGGAACGCUCAUCGUUUCCUCCAAGCCAAUUGGCGUUUUUAGCGGAAAUAAAAGGACUAACGUUGGCGACGGAACAGUUUCGCGCGACCAUUUGGUAGAGCAACUGCCUUCUGUAGAAUACUGGGGGACUGAAUUCAUCACAGUAGCAACGCCCAACCGCACCAGUGGAGAUAUCGUUAAAUUUGUCGUCAGUGAACCCAACACAAACAUAACAAUCUACGAAAAUUCAACUUCCAGAAGCAUAAUUUUAGCAAAUGCUGGUGAUGCACGAGAAGUUAUUCUCAGUUCUGGCAUACAUGCGGAUACAAUGAUCAUUUCGGACAAACCCAUAAUGGUUGCCCAGAUUGUUCAUAGCCACAUUGGUAGCAACCCUAUGUCCGAGCUGGGGGAUCCGGCCCUUACCAUUCUCCCUCCCCUUUCUCAAUACACCAACGCCUACACCUACGUCGUCCCUCGACUGACCGACCCGGCAGAUUUAGCCGAACCCAACAAGGCACCUUACUUUUACUUUUUGAUUAUCACCAUCGAGGACCAAUACAAAGAUGGUCUGCGGCUGAAUGGUAGUGUUAUUCCCGGACUUUUGUGGCACUCUGUACCUGCCGUCCCAGGGAAGCCCAGCAUGGUGGCCGUGUCCUUUGAAAUUCAACAGAACGACAUGAGAUAUACACUAACGAAUGUCAACCCGACCGCUAUGUUCAGUGUCCUUCUGUACGGGGCUGGGGACAGGGAGAGUUACGAGUACACCCUAGGAUUUAACCUUAAUGUGCUGAACCCGCCUGCUCCAGAGGUGUGCAGUAGUCAAGCAGUUGAUCGCCAAUGCAUUAUCAGUGGCAAUAACUUUUGUCAAGGCACACCCUUUGACAAUCAGGGUUAUGGUUUUGUGCUGAUGUUCAAUGAGCACUACACUCGGGUGGGAAACCCAUACAAUCCUUUCCUGGUCAUUACUAAUGCUGAAACAGAAAAUGUACAGGUGAAUGUGACAACUCCACGCUGGAGCAGCCCAAGUGUAAAUGAGCAAUUCACGUUGGCCACUGGUCAGUAUCGUACCGUGAGUAUUCCACAAGAGCUCCGCAUGCAGCAGUCAAAUCUCUCCACCAAGGCCAUCUUGGUCCAGUCAAGCGGGGAGGUAGUUGUCCAGGGUGUGAAUUCUGAAGAACGCUCUACAGGCAUGUUUCUUGCUCUUCCAAUUGAUGCCGUUGGCAGUGAGUAUUAUGCAGUGUGUUACAGCCCUGCUUUCCUUCAUUGCCAGUUUGGUAUUGCUGCAAUACAGGAUGGAACAGAGGUCUCGAUAUCUUUACCUUCUCCACUUCCUUCCGGUCAAAUUGUGCAGGUGACUUUUCAGGGCACAACAUACUAUAGUGGACAAACAAUCCGCCUGACCCUCAGUGCCUAUGACACUGUUCAAAUACAGGCUGCUCAUGACCUGACUGGCUCUCAUGUCGUAACCAACAAACCUGUGAGCUUCUUCAGUGGGAACAGGCAUACAAACAUAGACCAAGGGCUAGGUGGACAAACAAAAGAUCACACUGUAGAAAUGCUCCCACCAGUAUCUGCCUGGGGUAAAGAGUUCAUCACUUUCCAAAUUCCAGACAGGACAGUAUUUAAUCCGGGGGACAAUUUCAGAGCUGUGGUUCCCAGAUUCAGUCAAACACCACAACUAAACCUGACAAUGGGCUCCAACAACAUAUACCCAGCAGUGCCCAAUGGGUUUUCAUAUGCCCAGUUCCUGGUUGGCCAAGGAAGCCAAAACACUUAUGCCUACCUGUCAUCAAACACUCCAGUAAUGUUGGCUGAAUUUAUUGUCAGUAUGAUAGCUACCAAUGAGCUAGCGGAUCCUUCUAUGAUCUAUCUGCCACCUAUUUCAUUGUACAGGAAUGAAUACACAUUCACUGCCCUGGAGAGAUCUCUCAGCACAAACAAGGUUUUUGUCAACACAAUUAUUAUUGUCAGUCCUUUGUCGGGUCGUGGUGACAUAACAUUGGACGGGAAUGCCUUACCAGCAAUAACAUGGACAAAUGUUGAUGCAGGGGGUGUCAUGUACAGUGCGGGCUUCUUUACCAUCAGUGCCGGCUUUCACAAACUGAGUCAUCCCAAAGUGAACCAUUAUUUUGGAGCAGUGCUGUAUGGAAAUGUUCUGAAUGAUACAGUAGCCCCAGAAUCCUAUGCAACUGCUAUUGGCAUGAGGCUGUCCAGGGUUAAUGAACCUUGUGGAUGCAAUGUCACUGCAACAGCCCAGUUCCAAGCGGAUGGCAUAGACAAUGAUUGUGAUGGGCGGGUUGAUGAGGAAGACUGCAGUAAUGCAAAUACAGAUGAAGAUGGUGAUGGAAAACAGAAUGAGGAUUGUGCCACACCCACAAAAGUGGAUGGCCAGUGGUCUCAGUGGUCAAACUGGGGCACCUGCUCAGUGACCUGUGGGGGUGGCAGCAGGAGUAGGACUAGGUCCUGUAGUGAUCCAGCCCCAGCAUUUGGUGGCAGCCCAUGUCCAGGAUCACCUCCAGACACACAGACUGAUACAGAAUCCUGCAAUAGUAAUGCCUGUCCAGUGAAUGGGAACUGGGGAGCGUGGCAAGCAUGGAGUGCUUGCAGUGUUACCUGUGGAUCUGGCACCAGGUCGCGCGGUCGCAGUUGUGAUAGUCCUCCACCACAAAAUGGUGGUAGUUCUUGUGUAGGCAGCCCCACAGAGAAUGAGAAUUGCAACGUUACAUGUGCAAUUGAUGGAAAUUGGUCUGAGUGGGGCCAAUGGUCAUCUUGCUCUAAGACAUGUGGUAGAGGAAAAAGUACAAGAACACGCACUUGUACAAACCCACCUCCAUCUGGUGGGGGUGCCAGCUGCAUUGGAGCAGACGUGGCAGAACGUGAAUGCAAUAUAUUUGACUGUCCAGUUAAUGGCAAUUGGGCUCCCUGGUCUGCCUGGUCUGACUGUUCUCAGACUUGUGGGACAGGAAAUAGACUGAGAACCAGGACUUGCACUAACCCACCACCUUCCAACAAUGGGCAAACAUGCCCUGGAGACAAUUUAGAAAGCCAGAAUUGUAUACUCCGAACCUGUCCAGUUGAUGGAAACUGGGGAGGUUGGACACCAUGGAGUAACUGUAGCAGGACAUGUGGGGGAGGCGUAAGGUUCAAAUCACGUGAGUGUAAUAACCCUCCGCCUUCCAACGGUGGGGUGUCCUGUCCUGGAUCCAGUAAUCUGACAGAGACGUGCAACCCACAGGGCUGCCCUGUCAAUGGUGGGUUAUCAAAUUGGAGUUCAUGGGGCACCUGUAAUGUCACCUGUGGUGGAGGCUCCCAGUCAAGAACCAGGACAUGUACCAAUCCAGUACCACAAAAUGGAGGUGCUGAUUGUGUGGGAAUCAGACUGGAGCUACAACAGUGUAAUACUCAGGGUUGUCCAGUGAAUGGAGGCUACAGUCAGUGGAGCAGUUGGGGUACUUGUUCUUCUACAUGUGGAGGUGGCUCUCAGACAAGAACAAGAACUUGCACAAACCCUACUCCAGCUUUUAAUGGCAAUGACUGUUCUGGUCUUGGACCUAACUCAGAAACACAGCAGUGCAACACACAGGGAUGUCCAGUUAAUGGAGGAUUAACGACUUGGAGUUCAUGGGCCACCUGUAAUGUCACCUGUGGUGGAGGCUCCCAGUCAAGAACCAGGACAUGUACCAAUCCAGUACCACAAAACGGAGGUGCUGAUUGUGUGGGAGACAGACUGGAGUUACAACAGUGUAAUACCCAGGGUUGUCCAGUGAAUGGCAACUACACCGAAUGGAGCAAUUGGAGUGCCUGCAGUAGAACAUGUGGAAAUGGCCAACAAACUAGAAAUAGGAGUUGUACAAACCCAGCUCCUGCAAAUGGUGGAGAUGAUUGCUCCACUAUUGGAGCUUUUGAGGAACUAAGACAGUGUAUUCUACAGAACUGCCCUGUUGAUGGUGGCUAUUCAGACUGGAGUCUUUGGAGUACCUGUACAGUCACAUGUGGUGGUGGUCAGCAGACCAGGAAGAGGACAUGUACCAAUCCAGCUCCUCAGUUUGGAGGUGCCUUUUGCUCUGGACCCACAUCAGAAUCUCAGACAUGUAACAGUCAGCAAUGUCCAGUAAAUGGUGGAUAUAGCAGUUGGAGCAGCUGGAGUGCUUGCAUAGGUGGUACCCAGCAGAGGAGCAGGACCUGCACAAACCCCUCACCUGCCUUUGGAGGCAAUGACUGUGCCCUUUUGGGAUCCACAACAGAGAUACAGCAGUGCACUUUGGUAACAUGUCCAGCUCCUCACACUGCAGGUACAGACUUCACAGUGAUGUUCAUAGAGAACUAUGUUAAUGAUCUGUAUGAUCCUUACAUGACAGCCAAAAUGACAUUGUAUGUCACACAGGCAGACAACAGCAAAGCACUGACUUUCACUGUUUAUUAUUUUGAAUCAUUCCUUCUGAAAAACCUGACAUAUGUAAUUCCUGCUGGAGCCAAAGAGUCAACACCUGUCGAACUGCCCAGUGUAUUGGAGAUACAGUCAAGUGGUCUUGUCUUGAAUCGAGGUGUACGUGUGCUGACCUCUGAACCAGUUUUCCUGACUGCAACAAAUAGAGAAGGGUUUUCUGCAGAUGGUUUUGUGGCAAUACCCACAAAGUACCUUGGUGAACAGUACUAUACUGUGGCCUAUGCACCCCCAACUUACGCUACACAACUGGGUGUGGCUGCUGUAGAAGAUGGAACCGUCGUCCAGGUCACUGUUGCCAGAGCUGCCAAUACCACAUACAAUGGGGUCUCCUAUCAGGGUGGGCAGACAUUUAGCCUGACUUUGAAUGCAUUCCAAACCAUUCAGCUAGAAUCCAUAUUGGAUCUGACAGGAACAUAUAUUAAUUCUAGCAAACCUGUGGCAGUUUUCAGUGGGAAUAAGAGAACCAUUGUUGGGAAUGACACUGCUUCCAGAGAUCACCUGGUGGAGCAGUUGCCUCCAAUACAGUAUUGGGGUACAGAGUUUGUCACAGUGCCGACUCCCAAUCGUACAAGUGGUGAUGUAUUUAAAGUGGUUGCCAGCAAGCCUGACACAAACAUUACCAUAACUGUGGCCAGUGGACAAAUGAAAUACUACUUACGCCAUGCUGGUGAUCAUGUUCAAACCAUCCUUGGAUCUGGUUCUCAUUCCCAUUCUAUGAUAACUGCAGAUCAACCAGUAAUGUUAUCACAUUUUAUUCACAGCCACACUGGCAAUGAUCCAUCCAAAGAACUAGGUGAUCCAUCACUCUUAAUCCUGCCCCCAGUAGCUCAGUAUGGCAAUGGCUUUUCUUUUGUAACACCACCAUUCCAUAACAUGUCUGAUCCCAAUGAUCCCAACCAACGGCCAUACAGCUAUUUCUUGAGUAUUACCGUUGAAGACCAGUAUAAAGAUGGCAUGAGGAUUGAUGGUAAUGUUAUUUCUGGAGUCACUUGGCACCCAGUUCCAUCUGUACCAGGAAAACCUGACAUGGUUGCUACAAGCUUUGAGAUUGCUCAGACCAGUCAAAGACAUGUUUUAUACAAUGAAAACUGCAAUGUAUCAUUCUUACCACUUCUGUAUGGGGCAGGAGACAGGGAGAGCUAUGGCUUUGCACUGGGGAUGAAUCUCAACAUUUUAAAUCCACUGCCAUCUGAUGCGUGCACCCCGCAGACUCAAGAUCAAACCUGUCUUGUCAAUAAUGUGAACUUUUGUCAAGGUUACCCUCUGGAUAGCCAGGGUACAGGCUUUGUGCUGAUGUUUAAUGAGCACCAAACCAACAUGGGACCAAGUCAGUAUGAUCCAGCCAUUUAUGCAACUAAUCUUGAAAAUUAUGACAUUCAGCUUAAUGUUAUGUCCCCAAGAUGGAGCAGUCCUGCAACCUCCCAACAGUUUGUAUUAGCACCAGGAGAGAGUCGAAAAGUAACAAUCCCUAAAGAACUGAGAAUGAAUGGAACUUCCAAGUCAACUAAGGCCAUCUAUGUUAGAGCUACUGAUGAAGUUAGUCUCCAGGGUGUGAACACAGAGCAGCAGUCUACAGGCAUGUUCCUGGCUCUUCCCAUUGAUGCUGUUGGUAGUGAGUACUAUGCUGUGUGCUAUAGUCCUGCCACAGACUGUCAGUUUGGAAUUGCUGCUAUUCACAAUGGAACACAAGUCACCAUUACUUUGCCAUUAUCAGUUUCUGGACACUUUGUUGAAGUCGUUUUGGAUGGAAGAACAUAUUACGGUGGACAGACUAUUUCUUUGGACCUCAAUGCAUAUGACACAGUUCAGAUUCAGGCUGCUAAUGAUUUGACAGGAUCACGUGUGGUUGGAUCAAAACCUUUCAGUUUCUUCAGUGGUAACAGGGAUACCAUUAUAGACCAGGGCACCAAUUCUAAGGUUAAAGACCAUGUCACUGAAAUGUUGCCACCUGUAUCAACAUGGGGCAAAGACUUCUUCACCUUCCAGACUCCCCUCAGCUCUAGCGCAGGAGAUGUCUUCAGGGCUGUCACAUCUUCUCAAAUGACAAAGAUUUCAAGAGUCUUAGGAUCUUCAAUGUCAGUGAUGACCACGAUUCCACACAACAUUCACUUUGAUCAGUUCGUCCUCGGAAAUGCCAACCUAAGUGCAUACGCCCAUGUUACAUCAGACCUUCCUGUGAUGCUGACAGAGUUUGUACAGAGUAUGGAUUACAGUGGAAACCAGGCAUCUGCACCAGCCAUGUUGAACCUGCCACCCAUGUCCCAAUACAGGAACGAAUAUGCCUUUUAUGCUCUGAAUACUUCCGUCAGCACUAACAGGUCAUUUGAUAACUACAUUGUCCUCAUUAGUCCAGUGGCCAACCGCGAUAAUAUCACAUUUGAUGGCUCCCCAUUGCCUACAAUGCAGUGGACACUGGUCACUGCUAGAGGCAGGAAUUAUAGUGCUGGGUUCUUUAGGAUUCAAGCAGGGCAUCAUAUUCUGAAACAUCCUGUUAACAAUCAUUAUUUUGGUGCAAUACUUUAUGGUACUGCUGUGAAUGAGUCAUACUCCAUACCACUUGGGAUGAGAUUAUCAAGGAUAAAUCAACCAUGUGGGUGUUCCCUGUCUGCUACCACUGUCAGCCGUGCUGAUGGCAUUGACAAUGACUGUGAUGGUCUGGUGGAUGAAGAAAACUGUCAAGAUACAAACCUGGAUGAAGAUGGUGAUGGCCGCCAGAAUGAAGAUUGUGCUGCACCUAUCAAAGUUGAUGGGCAAUGGUCAGCAUGGUCCUCAUGGUCAGCAUGUCCAGUGACAUGUGGCACUGGUCAACAGACCAGGACAAGAACCUGUUCUGAUCCAGCUCCAGCAUUUGGAGGCAGUCGCUGUGCAGGUUCUCUGUUCAGUACACAGACAGAGAGCCAGACAUGUGGAGACACCAGCUGCCCAGUUGAUGGAGGCUACAGUCAGUGGAGCAGCUGGAGCACCUGUACUGUCACAUGUGAAGGUGGUACUCAGGAAAGGACCAGAUCUUGUACAAAUCCUGCUCCUGCUAAUAAUGGCAGUGAUUGCUCUGGUCUGGGACCUGCCACAGAAACCCAGCAAUGCAACACACAGGGAUGUCCAGUCAAUGGUGGGUUAACAAACUGGAGUUCAUGGGGCACCUGUAAUGUCACCUGUGGUGGAGGGUCCCAGUCAAGAACCAGAACAUGUACCAAUCCAGUACCACAAAAUGGAGGUGCUGAUUGUGUGGGAGACAGACUGGAGUUACAACAGUGUAAUACUCAGAAUUGUCCAGUGGAUGGUCAGUGGGGUCAGUGGUCGGCCUGGGGAACUUGUUCAGUUUCCUGUGGAGGUGGAGGUCAGCAGACAAGGUCAAGGUCCUGCAAUGACCCUGCACCUGCCUUUGGAGGCAACAACUGUCCAGGAGCUCCCCCAGAUACUCAAACUGAAUCUCAACAGUGCGGCAGCAUUUCCUGUAUAGUCAAUGGAGGAUUCACAAACUGGAGUUCAUGGGGCACCUGUAAUGUCACCUGUGGUGGAGGGUCCCAGUCAAGAACCAGGACAUGUACCAAUCCAGUACCACAAAAUGGAGGUGCUGAUUGUGUGGGAGAUAGACUGGAGUUGCAACAGUGUAAUACUCAGGGUUGUCCAGUGGAUGGAGGCUACAGUCAGUGGAGCAGUUGGGGCACUUGUUCUUCUACAUGUGGAGGUGGCUCUCAAACAAGAACCAGAACUUGCACAAACCCUACUCCAGCUUUUAAUGGCAAUGACUGUUCUGGUCUUGGACCUAGCUCAGAAACACAGCAGUGCAACACACAGGGAUGUCCAGUUGAUGGUGGGUUAACAAACUGGAGUUCAUGGGGCACCUGUAAUGUCACCUGUGGUGGAGGGUCCCAGUCAAGAACCAGGACAUGUACCAAUCCAGUACCACAAAAUGGAGGUGCUGAUUGUGUGGGAGAUAGACUGGAGUUGCAACAGUGUAAUACUCAGGGUUGUCCAGUGGAUGGAGGCUACAGUCAGUGGAGCAGUUGGGGCACUUGUUCUUCUACAUGUGGAGGUGGCUCUCAGACAAGAACAAGAACUUGCACAAACCCUACUCCAGCUUUUAAUGGCAAUGACUGUUCUGGUCUUGGCCCUAACUCAGAAACACAGCAGUGCAACACACAGGGAUGUCCAGUUGAUGGUGGGUUAACAAAUUGGAGUUCAUGGGGCUCUUGUAAUGCCACGUGUGGUAGAGGCUCCCAGUCAAGAACCAGGACAUGUACCAAUCCAGUACCACAAAAUGGAGGUGCUGAUUGUGUGGGAGACAGACUGGAGUUACAGCUGUGUAAUACUCAGAAUUGUCCAGUGGAUGGUCAAUGGGGUCAGUGGUCAGCAUGGGGAACUUGUUCAGUCUCUUGUGGAGGUGGAGGUCAGCAGACAAGGUCAAGGUCCUGCAAUGACCCUGCACCUGCCUUUGGAGGCAACAGCUGUCCAGGAGUUCCCCCAGAUACUCAGACUGAAUCUCAAGAGUGUGGCAACAAUCCCUGUAUAGUCAAUGGUGGGUUAACAAAUUGGAGUUCAUGGAGCACCUGUAAUGUCACCUGUGGUGGAGGCUUCCAGUCAAGAACCAGAACAUGUACUAAUCCAGUACCACAAAAUGGAGGUGCUGAUUGUGUGGGAGACAGACUGCAGUUACAACAGUGUAAUACUCAGGGUUGUCCAGUGGAUGGAGGCUACAGUCAGUGGAGCAGUUGGGGCACUUGUUCUUCUACAUGUGGAGGUGGCUCUCAAACAAGAACCAGAACUUGCACAAACCCUACUCCAGCUUUUAAUGGCAAUGACUGUUCUGGUCUUGGACCUAGCUCAGAAACACAGCAGUGCAACACACAGGGAUGUCCAGUUGAUGGAGGAUUAACAAAUUGGAGUUCAUGGGGCUCUUGUAAUGCCACCUGUGGUGGAGGCUCCCAGUCAAGAACCAGGACAUGUACCAAUCCAGUACCACAAAAUGGAGGUGCUGAUUGUGUGGGAGACAGACUUGAGUUACAACAGUGUAGUACUCAGGGUUGUCCAGUGGAUGGGAAUUGGGCAGAUUUCACCCCCUGGUCAUCAUGUUCUGUGUCCUGUGGAGGAGGGGUACAGACCAGGAACAGAACAUGUACCAACCCAGCACCUGCCAACAGUGGCGCCACCUGCCCAGGUGAUGCCUCCGAGUCUCAGCAGUGCAAUAUAAACCCGUGUCCAAUUGAUGGUGGCUUCACUGAAUGGUCUGCCUGGGGAACAUGUGAUAGAACAUGUGGUGGUGGCACACACAGUCGCAAUCGCUCCUGCACCAACCCUGCCCCUCAGUUUGGUGGGCAAAACUGCACGGGGAUUGAAGAAGAAAGCAAGGCAUGCAAUACCAACCCUUGUCCAGUUGAUGGUAAUUGGGCCCCGUGGGGGAUGUGGACUACCUGCAAUGUCACGUGUGGAGGCGGCAUGCGUGUCAGGUACAGAAACUGUUCCAACCCUGAGCCACAACAUGGUGGACAACCUUGUCCUGGCAGUGGUACAGAGACAGAUGUGUGUAACUCUCAGCCUUGUCCAAUUGAUGGUGGUUACACAGACUGGACCACAUGGACUUCCUGCAGCACUACUUGUGGACCUGGAACACAGGAACGCACACGCACAUGCACAAACCCAACCCCAGCAUUUGGUGGGAGUGAUUGUCAAGCUCUUGGGAGUGCUUCAGAUAAUAAAACAUGUAACUUAGUCGGUUGCCCUGUUGAUGGUAACUGGUCACCAUGGGGUUCUUGGGGUUCAUGUAGCAGGACAUGUACCCUUGGCAAUCUGAAAGGCAUCCAAACUCGUCCUAGGACCUGCACAAAUCCUGCUCCUCAAAAUGGUGGAGCCACCUGUCCCGGCACAGAUACAGCACAAAGGUUCUGCAACACAGCUGAUUGCCCUGUUGAUGGCCAGUGGUCUGAUUGGACAGACUGGGGGAACUGCAAUGCCACCUGUGGAGGGGGCACCCAGAGGAGGGUGCGUUCCUGUAGUCAGCCACAGUUUGGAGGAGUUCAGUGUGUUGGAGCACCUCCAUUUGACCAGGAGGAAUACCAGAGCUGCAACAACCAACCCUGCCCAGUGGAUGGUAACUGGACGCCAUGGGGUGCAUGGUCCACAUGUCCAGUUACGUGUGGGGGAGGAACACAACAACGACAGAGGACAUGCGCCAACCCUACACCUCUCUUUGGUGGUGCCUCUUGCCCUGGUGCCAGCAGCGAGACACAAAACUGUUCUACUGCUUUAUGUCCAGUGGAUGGUGGGUGGUCUUCAUGGACGGAUUGGGGUGCAUGCACAAAGUCUUGUGGGUCUGGUGAACGGUUCCGUUAUCGUUACUGCGACAGCCCAUCACCACAGAAUGGUGGAGCUCUUUGUGCUGGGGCAGCAACUAAUACACAGACUGAAUCUGAAAGCUGCCAGACUCAACCAUGCCCAAUUGAUGGCAACUGGGGAUCAUGGGGCAAUUGGAGCUUGUGUGAUGCCACCUGUGGUGGAGGCAAUCGCAUCAGGACUCGCUCCUGUGACAACCCGGCACCCGAUAAUAAUGGAACAUUCUGCAUUGGAUCUGCAACAGAGAAUGAAUCCUGUAAUAAUGCCUCAUGCCCAGUUGAUGGACAAUGGUCCACAUGGACACCUUGGUCAGCAUGCCCUGUGACCUGUGCAGGUUCACAACAAACUAGGUCACGGUCAUGCACAGCUCCUGAGCCAGCAUUUGGAGGUUCUCCGUGUCCAGGGGGACAGUACAAUGAGACUGAGACCAGAAACUGUAAUACAAGUCCAUGUCCAAUAAAUGGACAAUGGAGUAACUGGGGCUCAUGGUCAGACUGCAGCACUACAUGUGGUCCAGGCGUCAGGACAAAGACACGCCAGUGCAACAAUCCAGCACCACAGUUUGGAGGACAAAGUUGUCCUGGUUCUGGUACAGGGACCGAAGAAUGCAAUGUGCGGCCAUGUCCAGAGGCUCCUGAUACCAAGGGAUCACACUUUGUCCUGCUGUUCUUAGCUAACAAGAUUGUGGGAGGAGUAGACAUUGCACCAGAGAUCCUCCUCAUUAAUCCAUACUCUGUACCAGUUCAGGCCACCAUAACAACUCCAGGAGCCACAGUAGGCCAACAGCCUUAUUAUAUAAAUCAGAAUGUCAACCUGGCACCUAAGUCAACACAGAUUGUACAGGUUCCCAAAUCCAUACGUCUGUCAGGAACCGAAACUGCUCCAAAAGGCAUUCUGGUCACAGCUAGCCAGGAGAUAGUUGUCAUGGGGAUCAACAAGGAGCCAGACUCCACUGAUGUGUACACUGGAGUGCCAGAUGAUGCCAUGGGGAAGAGUUUCCGUGCUGUUUGUGCACCACCCACUGGAGAUGGAUGCCAGAUUGCUGGGGUGGCCAUGAAACCAGGGACUGUCAUCACUGUUACUCUACCACCAUCAGCUAAACGAAGACGCAGACGUAGGGACUUGACAUUUAAUGGACAAACAUACUCCCCAGGGGAUACCUUCAACUUCACUAUUAAUGGCUUUGAAUCUUUCCAGUUCUCAAGUGGGGAUGAUUUGACAGGAGUGUUAAUUGUCAGCUCUGAACCUAUUGCUCUUUUCAGUGGCAAUAUGCAGACUCAGGUUGGCAUAGGUACCUCAACUGACCACGUAACAACACAGGUACCAUCACUAAGCACAUGGGGGAAACAGUUCAUAAUUGUACCCAUACCAGGGAGAACCAUGCACAAAAGAGGAGAUAUCAUCAGAAUUAUUGCCAGUGAAGAUGUAACAUCAGUUAAUGUAACUAAUAAUGAUGUAGGGACUUUGACCAACACCAUUUCACGUGCUGGAAAUUUCCUGGAACUCACUAUAGGAAAUGGAACUGACAACUUGUGCAGUUACAUUGAAGCAAACAAAGCAGUCAUGGUGGUGCAGAUAUCAAAGAGUCAGUUUGAUGCAAAUGAACCUGGAGAUGUCUCAAUGAUUCUCAUCCCUCCCAUAAAGAAAUAUCUACCUCAGUAUGACUUUACUGCUCUCAAUGAUGCCAGUAAUGGCAACUACACCAGCUAUGUCAUGGUGGCGGUAGCAGAGAAUCAGAAACAGAAUCUGUUAAUUGAUGGCAAGACUUUGAAUCCUGGUAUUACAUGGUGCCCUACCAUCCAGGGGACAGGAUACACUGGGGCCUCCUUUAUGGUGACCAAUGAGCAACAUUCCAUGGUGACCAAAGAUCCCACCAAGCCAUUUGGUUUGCUUAUCUAUGGAUACAGCAGUGGAGAAAGCUAUGGGACUACGGCUGGCAUGAGACUGGCACCAAUUAAUGAACCAUGUAAUAGAACCAGCCAGUCUGUGGAUGAUGGUCUGGAUAAUGACUGUGAUGGCAGGAUUGAUGAAGAACUAUGUGGAAAUGGAAUUGAUGAUGAUGGUGAUGGAGUGCAGGAUGAAGAUUGUGUCUCACUGCCAAAUGUUGAUGGUAACUGGGCAGCUUGGCAGACGUGGAGUUCCUGCUCUCAGACAUGUGACAAUGGAACUCGUACACGUACCCGCACAUGCAGUGACCCUGCGCCACUGAAUAAUGGAGCCACGUGCAGUGGAUCAGCCAGCGAGGAGGAGACAUGCCUGGAAACUUAUUGUCCAAUUGCUGGUGGUUUCACUGAUUGGUCAAUUUGGAGUGUAUGCUCUGUAACAUGUGGCACUGGCCAGCAGCAGCGCACCAGGACCUGCACAAAUCCUGCUCCUCAGUACGGAGGGGCCAACUGCACUGGGAAUUUAGUGGAAACUAGGAAUUGUGGUGAUACUGUGUGUGUUGUUGAUGGAAAUUGGGGUCCUUGGCUUGCAUGGUCAGCUUGUUCAAAGAGCUGUGAAUCAGGAACCAGAACAAGGAGCAGAGUGUGUAAUAACCCAGCCCCAGCCAAUGGUGGAGCCACCUGCCCUGGGGAUAGUUCUGAAAUGGAGAACUGCAAUACACAGCAGUGCAUCAGAACCCUAGGAAGCACCUGUACCACAGCAGCUGAGUGUCAGCAGAGUAUUGCCAGCAGCACCUGUUCCUCUGGCCAGUGUGCGUGUCUGGCUGGAUUCAUGCAGACCAGCUCAAACACCUGCAUUAGGCGCAAGGUAGAUGGGACAAGUCCAUGCCAGAUGGAUGAAGACUGUUACCAAGCUGUGGAAAACAGUGAAUGCAGGGCUGUUAACAACACUGGGAUCUGCUUCUGUGGCAAGAAAUACUACACUGUUGACAAGUUUGAUGUUUGUAUCCAGAGGCUGAUAGACGGAGAGUGCUCCACAAGCCAGGAUUGCUCUACUGCCAUACCCAACAGCUAUUGUGACAGUGGGAAAUGCAAGUGUUUGGGCAGCUUCUACUCUUCAGCUAACAACCAGGGCUGUGUUGAGGGUCUGAAGCAAUGGCAGAUUGCUGCUCUGGUGAUUGGGUUGGUGUGCCUGUUCCUACUGUUCCUCAUAUUCUGUACUUGGUGCUGCUGCUGUCGCCGUAAAGAACCACGAGGAAAGAAACUGACAAAUUCCAAUUCUGAUGUAUCUGUGGGUCCUCCAUUACCACGUCAGGUCUCCUUCCCAAAUAUGCCACUUCCCAUGGCUUACAGCAGCCUGCCUCCUGACCCUGCCUACAGACCAGCCAAGCCAGACUAUUACAUAGCAGUACCUGCUGACGGCCCACUGGCUGAUAAAGAAAAGGAAGCCUCCAAUAUUCCUAGUUCUCGUAACAGCAGGCAUAGCUCUCCAAGGAGAUAGAAGGUCCAUAUAGAGUUAAUGGAGACUUUUAAGAUAUUUUGGAUAUUUUAUGAGAUUUUUACUUUUGUGAGUGACAUGUAUAAACUUUAUGUCAUUUUAAGGCCUACAUUAUUUUUUUUAGAUAUACGUAAGCUUAAUAUAUGGUAAAUGCAUAAUGUCAUUUGUAUGCAAUUGCAUAUUUGUUUAUAAUUACUUAAAUGGAAACAUUUACAUGUUAUGAACUUUUUAACACUUAAGUUAUGUGAGAGUAGAGAAAAAGACACUAACAAAUUUUGAACAAGACAGCUAGCAUUUUUUCUUUAAUUGCAAUUCAUCAAGAGAAUGUAAUGAUCACAUGAAAAUACUUACAACACCUGAAUGCCAGAUCAGAAGUUAAAGUUCUGUUUUCCCUUUCAGUGUAGGAAAUUGAUUGAAAAAAACUUAUUUUGGACUGGAAAACAAUAUAUUUUUCCUAUUAUUUUGUAAAGUUUAAAUUGUUUUUGAGAAAAUGCUCAAAGUCUGUGAUGUUUGGUAUUUGAUCAUAAGGUAGCUGUAUUGUAGGACUGCAUUGUAUAUCACUGCAUGGUAGGACUGGACUUUAAGUUUGCAAUCUAGAUGCGAGAAAGAAGUAGAAAGAAAUAUAAUUCACUAAUGUUUUUUCAUACUUUAAUUUUAUAUUCUUAAUAUUGCAAUAUAUUAGAAGUUAUUAACAUAUUUUUAUAUGUAUAAAUGGCAAUAAUGUACUGAUAUCCAGUGAUGUGAAUAAAGAUUAAUAAAUGAAGUUG